GGAUCAAUGGAUUCAUUGGAGUUUCUCAAAUUCAAAAGUUCUAGGAGUUACUGGAGGUUGUUCCUUCGAGUCCGAACCCCACGCAAAACAUCUCCCUCACGGAAAAAUCUUCUCCGUCGUCCUUCRCAGCUUUCGCAGGCAAAGAAAUGCCAAGGGCUUUAGCUGGGUCGCAAAGGCUAUCCAAGACCCAAAACGGGAGUUGUAGGGCUCCUCCGCGCAUCUCUGUGGCCAGUUUGGAAAGGUUCUUUCGACGAAUGUAAAUUAGGUAAUGAAUGUAUAGACGUAUCACGACGACUUUUGUCAGGGUCUCGUGCCAAGCCGGUCUUACACCUCCCAUAACAGCACUACCAAAGACCAUCCGCAGAAGGCCAAUCGCUAGAUCCACUACCAGUAUUCCUCCCACGCCAGCUUCUAGAAAGAGCGAGAAUUUUGAGACCAAUCCCGCCAGGAUUUCUUGGCGCUUCGCAGCAUCUGCAGAUCUCCAUUUUGUUGGUGAAACCAAUAGACUCAUCACAGCAUUGACAAUCGAUUGCGAAACUUCCAAUAUGCGCUCUAAGACACCGUUCUUAUUGUUCGAGCCAACACUCCACAGGACCAAAACGUCCGAGGCAAUCAACAUGUUGGAUACGAUUUCUCUCAAUAAUAUUGGACCCAUCAAGAAACAAGACACAACCCAGCGCGACUUGGGCCACCACCAAGUCGUGGCGAUGGUGGUGAAUGUCCCAUCGUCUUGUGCCGGUCCCGCUAGGAGGAAUCCCUUGGUUGGCAACCACAACAAAACGAGCGCUGUGUAAAAGACAUACUGUGCCACGGGCUCUCGUACAAUCUCYUCCAUCCACUUGCGAGACUCCGAGAUCCCGAUCUUGGGGAUUGCCUUGGCUGCCACCGAAGCACUCGCCAACAAUCCCGAGACGUGUUUGAUGAACGCGAAUAUCAUGGUCCGACGCAGUAGGGCCAGUGCCCAUUUCGAAUUUGCUAUAGCCGCUCCCGCAGAAGCAGCAUCGGUCGAUGGUGAAAACCUCGAUACCAUGACCAGACAUCCCAGGCCACAGGCCGUGGCCAGUACACUCGAGGCGGAUUGAAGCAUGUGGGCUCCCCCAUGCGACUUCAAAAAGUAAUUGGCAAUGACCGACGUCGGCGACGCCUGGACGCCUCCAGAAGUGCUUUCGGCGUCGUAAUCGGAUGCUCCCAUUGCCCGCCCUACCGAUGCGACAGACCCAUCGAUCGAUUGCAGCAACGGAUCACUCUCGGCUGCCUGUUCUUUUCGCAAAUCAUCGGCGCGGUCUCUGACGAUCGAUUGCGCACAAACGCACACAAUAUACGGCCAAACAUUACAAGGYAUCGCCAUUUCAAAGGUAGUGACGAAGGGAAAGAUGAGUGCGGCGUACAAACCUUGUACAGCAAUUUCGSGAAAGACUAUCACUUUCUACAAACGCCACAUCGAACAAACAAUAAGACGAACAGCGCCAACACCGUCUCACCGAAUCGCAUCGCCCAAAGCCUCCGCUGAAUCUUUUUCUUUCAUGGCAUCAACGAUCGCCUUCUUCGCUUUGCCCUUGCGUUUUGAUUUUUUCUUCUUGCCCUUUUUCUUACUUCCAUCAGCGGUGCCACCUCCGCGCAGGAGCAAGAGCGACGAAUGGAGUUCCAAUUGAUGUGUUAUGGGACCCGUUGCUGCCUUCGUCGUCGUCGCCACCGUCGUGAACAUACUUGAUGUUCUUCUCGUGAUGGCUGUGGAACAUCGGAUCAACGACGAACAAAGUAUUGCGAGAGACAAAAGCCUUGAUGUCGUCAUUGUCCUCGGCAAUGGUGACAUAUUCGUCGAUGGUUCUAAACUUCAAAGGUGCUUCUGAAGGAAUUAGUUGGUCGAAGAUAUCGCUGAUCGCAGAUGCAAGAUAUGGCAGUCUAUUGCUUUCUAUGGUCGAGAUGGUGAUUCUGGAGUCGGGCCUGCUGUUGAAACUUCARACUCCCUGUACCGUAUCCCGUAACGCGUUGCACUAUUUUGAGAAUGGUAUCGAGCCGUGCAAGGUGUAACUUUUGGAUCCACCACUCUUGCUACCUGCAAUAGCUGUACGUUAUGUUCGAGUAGUACUGUACGGUACGAUAUUGCAUUCGUAAGGAUGGAUGGAGUGUUUGUAAUUUGUAACUUGCAUUUUUUUUAAAUUCGURCCGUACAAUUUCUACAGAAGCUCUAGGUACGGAAUGGCUAAAAUGCAAAAUGCUAUGCGGUUCCAAUGUGUGAGUACAAGUUCUCGUACGGUACAUACGAACCAAACGGUGGAUUGUGUGUGUGGGGGGGGGUUCAUGCUCGAAAUUCAAAACAAAAUUAAAAAGGGGGGAAUGCAUGCAAUCGUACCAAAACAACAACAAUGGUGGGAUCUUCCCCGACAUCAGACCAAACACGAAACCCCAUACACGUGAUAAAUUAAGAGGGGCAAUUAAAAAAGAGAAGACAUUACUGUAUUACUCUACGUGUACUCUUAGGGGGCGACAAAAAAGAGUUUAAUGAUUCMAGUCGUACCAUUCCAUUGCAUAAGUGUCAAGCAAUAGAUAGAGACCCAAUAUUUCUAUCUUUGGUGUACGCUACCGCUAUGUGAUAGCAAUUAUUCCACGACAAACUGUCACAGAUACACGUGCGGUGGCCUAAUUUACUUCUGGUACUCCGUUGACAAGAAUGGUAGGUACCGGUAUUAGURAGCUCAGGGUGGCGCAAUAACAAAAUUCUUCGUUGGGAGUCAUGCACCGACGAAUUUUUCUUUCGUAGUCAACAGUGAAUUUCCAGGAACACCGCUUUCACUGUAUCGACAAAUUUCUUUAUCAUCCAACAUUGAAGUUCCUUCUUAAAGCGCCCAUCGCACUUGSCAUCUACUGCGCMAAUUAGUCUUGAUUAUCACGAGUCCUUCGGUGCAUGGGAACGACRGUGCUAUCUGUUUAUCACCGGCAUUUAUCUCACUACAAAYACAAAAACACUCGAAAGCGCUUUACCGGUGUCCGUCGCGACUGGAACAGCAUGGUCCAAAGGCGUGUGAACACGAGGACGGACUUCGUAUUUUGGUUGGUACCAUCGAUAACAGUAAUAGCACUCCUGCUUUCGGCAUGGGGAUGCAGAGUUGCGGCGACAGAAUACCAGUCAACCGAGCGAAACAGCAACCUCAGGGGUCACGACAACGUUGUGAUGCAGCCAGUACCGCGCAUCAUCAACGGGAGAGACGUCGAUCGAUUGCGAUAUCCCUAUUUCUCGCUCAUGUACGGGACGUCUCUAUGYGGUGCUGUUUUAAUAGCGCCUAGGGUGGCCUUGGGGGCGGCGCACUGCGAGAUGGCCUCCGAUCGGCUCCGCAUAGGGGCCUUCGAAGACAUCACGGACGGACAAUCUGUCAAAAUUCGAUCGACCAUCGUCCAUCCCGAUUACAACAUACAACUGUUAGAAAAGGACAUUAUUCUAUUUAUACUUGAGGAAGAAGCCGACCACCCCUACAUAGAGAUGGAGAAGGAGAGAAUCGAAGGAGGAAGCUUUACCGUCCUCGGAUUCGGCGACACGGACAAGGGAGACCCCAUGAUACUAUCGGACGAACUCCAGGAAGUAGAGUUGGAAUAUGUAGACAACGACACAUGCGACUAUGGACAUGGGGACAAGGAGGAAAUUCUUGAGGAUAUGAUGUGCGCCGCAGGUUAUGGCAAAGAUUCUUGCAUCGGUGAGURGUACCUCAUUUUUGUUCGUUGUGAUUUGAUCGCGAUCAAUGGAAGCGGAYGURCCGAUUUCUCGGAAGAAUUACGUCGAAGUYAUUKGUAUUGCCAUUCUCAUGCUUCGGAUGCAAUUGUUGCUGUAGGUGACAGUGGAGGGCCAAUGAUACGCAAGGGCAACACCCGGGAGGAGGAUAGGUUAGUUGGCGUAGUAAGUUGGGGUCGCGGGUGUGCUGAAAAAGGAGUUCCAGGAGUUUAUUCUCGCGUGAGCUACUUUUAUGACUGGAUAGUGGAAACCGUCUGCAAUGAAUUUCCAGACGAGGCACCUCGAUACAUGAGGUGCACUUCCGGGUCAGUCCUAGAGUGGUUGCAUCAAGCGAGAGAGAUUCAAACGACAGCACCCACGUUUAAACCAACURAAGAACCCACRAAAAGUCCGACAAAUAUACCCAAAGAGAAUUCAACAGAAGAGCYCACGAAWGAAUCGUUACUGGGAGUGAUUCUCAGGGAAGAGCCCACGAGAGAACCUAUACUUGGAGUGAUCCCAAGGGUAUCCAUUGUGCCAUCCAUUGCCCCAUCCGUUGCACCAUCCGUUGCACCAUCUGUUGCACCAUCGAGUGCACCAUCUAGUGCACCAUCUAGUGCACCAUCUAGUAUACCAUCUCGUGUUUCCAUGGCAUACACUGCAGAGACGAAUGAGACGUAUCCGCCGUCCAUAUUAGAARCAGAAUUCUUCGUUGAAGAAAGACCAGAAAUUGUAUUUGUGGGAUGGAGUCCGUUCUUUGAAUUGGAAGAAUGCYAUGGGGAUUGCGAUAACGAUGACGACUGCAAAGGCGACAACAUAUGCUACUCGCGCAACUUCGGUGCGGAAUCACGCGAGGUCCCGGGCUGCUCACAUCCAGAGAAUAUUUCAAUCAACGUAGAUGUGUGCGUGAACCCAGAUUUCCUACCUACAUAGUUUUUCGACAUGUGACAAGGAGCAACACCUACGCAAGACMAUCGGCGACUUGUGCUCUCAUCGCAAUACACCAAARAAUGRGGGAUCUUUCGACAUGGGGACAACAAGCAAUACUCUCAGCGAAGUACACGAAAGGAGGAAAUGGCCCUAUGUCACCUUAWUGACUUGUAUCAAAUCACAAAGUGUUCAAACGCUAUCUUUGUACAAAUAUWUAAUUUUAAGUGAUUCUGCAGAGUGUCAACCACGAGAAAGCCAAAACAAGAAUUCUUAUUCCGAGUUAUAUUUGGAUGAUGGGCUUAGUGUGUGCGAAAUGAUUCAUUGAUUAGUUUGAGGAAGCGAGUAAUUUCUGAAAAGGCGCKGAAGACGYGAUUUGMAAAKGAAAUUCUGACGUAAAUUGAUCCUACAUUUGGCUUGAGAYACGAGGUCACUUUUUGAUUUUGGACUGUUUGGCAAAAAGUUGAGCGAUUUCAAUGGAUGUGGUAGCCUGUUCGGGUUUUUUGUCUGGUCGGCGCCGUUUGAAACGAGGAAACCGAAGGGCAACACCACGCCCUUCUUCGUCAACAAGACCAGCAGCUGCAGUGUGCUGUCGCGAAAGACUGAGAUCUGCAAAUGCAACUUCAAAUACCUCCAUGGGUUUGAACCAAAUUGGUGGCGACUCGUUAGUUAUCACGAAGGCCGAAGAAGGACGAUCCGGGAAGCAGUGAACUCUAUUCCUGUCUUUUUGUUCUUCCCYCCCUUCAGCCAUUAUGGAGCCAUCUGUAUCUUGACAGUGGUCAUCAAUACCUUUUUUUCCGCAGCUGCCAUCCCCAUCGUCUUCAUUACUACUCAGACCGYCUCCAUUGAUAACUUUUUUUUCAGGGUUGAUGCCUUCAUUCUCCAAGACUCCUGAAUCAAAAAAUGUGGGAUAUUCGAUACCAUUGAAGUAGAAUUUUCGUAUAGAUUCAUACAUGGCAUCCGUGAAGCUCAUACAUCUACAUAUUGAUCGGAAGACCUCUUCCUCAUCGUCAUARACCGCUAGUAGCACUGGCGACAAAAAUGAUUUCUGAGCUUUUCUUCCUGUUCCCCACCACGCACCAAUGGGAACAACAUCGAUUGUGUCCGAAAAACCUGCAACAUAGUCUCUUUUCACUUUUAGCCAGCAGUGACUUCGCGUACCGGCUUCGUAAAAACUUUUAAUGCCUUCAUUUGUUGCCGAAAUUGGUUUCUCGCCCAGCAAUUUCACCAUGAGACCUUCGGCACCGCCUGCGAUGGCCUCUGAGAGAUAAGACGUGAUUACGUUUUCGUCAUAACUCAUCAAGUUCUGUGAUGAAACAAACGUAAAAUUAGUUGUUUCCACGAACAUUUUUUGAAGCAGAGAUCUCCUUUUGUGAAAUUGUUCAUUGACCAAGGAUUUUCCAUURAAAAACAUCAAAUCAAAUACAAACACUUUCACUUUGAUACCCUUCCCGUCAUCCAUCUUUUUCCUUCUAGUAGAUAGGUCUUGGAAUGGAAGCAAACGCGAAUCUCUGCCUUCCCCUUCUAUACCAACAAUUUCAGCGUCAAUGAUGAACGAUCUACAACAAUUUGGACUGGAGGAUCGUAUGGUAUCCAACAGGUACUUGACAACAUCUUGAAAUUGAUUCGUCAUGUCCAACAURUGCCGCGAAAACAAUUGAAUGUUGACACCGUCAUAAUGAGCCUGACAUCUCAUUCCAUCAUACUUCCAUUCCAUUGUGGCAAUUUCACCAUCAUUCCCUAUUCUCUCCUUUAAUUCAUCCAAAGAAUGAACGGGAUGUGCUAACAUUGGAGCAAUUGGUGUCAUCACUUGUAUUGAACAAACCCGCUGCAUUUGG